AAUUCUGAAUGUAACCUUACUCGACGGACGAAACGUUGCGCCCUGCGCCGGCCGCGGAAGAUUCCGGGAACAAACGAAACCCCGUUUCCAACGAGCCAUCAGAAUCUUCAGCUUGAGCGCAUGGCCAACGUUCCGUUCCCCAGUACAUAACCACCACGAAAAAAAAAGCACCGUUCCCCGUAGGGCAAGGACUAAUUCGACGCCGCUUGUUCGCAGACGUAAGAAGAAAUGUAUCAGAUACAUGGGGGAGGGAGGAGACGGCGACGGCGAAGGUGAUGGCGAAGGCGAGGACGAUCACUCGGAGGACAACCUGGGCAGCGUGGGGGAGGCAGGCACUCCCGAGGAGGACGAGUCCCUGAGCAGUCCCGGGGGUUUGUCCGCGUUGUCUAGUCUGGCUAGCCCGUCGCUGGUGUUACCGUCGCCCUCGAGCCUGGCCAGCCCGUGCCCGUGUCCCCUGACACCCCCGGUGCCGCCUCCGCCCCUGUCCAACAACCCGGCCAACAGUCAGCCGCACAACCAGCCGGCGCAACCGCCGCCACCGCACCGUAACCCGGUCGGCACGAAUCCCCACGACAUCAACAAUCCCCUUAGCGUGAACCAACUGACCGGACAGUGUAUAAAGAGUGAAGUGGUGCCGGCGCCGUCGGGCACGUCCAACCCGGCGAUCAGUGUUACGUAGCCCCGGCCGGACCCACGUGACAAGACUGUUCCAAUACGCCGUGUCAUACGCGGGGUCCGUGCACGUGUACAGACGGGAAUUACGGUGGUGGCCGCCAUAAUGGCGGCACGGGGAGACAAGAGAACGGCGGAGCGCCGCUGGCUGAUCUUCGUCGGGAUCGUUGAGGAACAUGGAAGACGACGAGACAACCCGGUCUUUGGGAAAGACCGAUAGGGGCAAGAUAGGUAAACCCCUAGUAUCGUCGAGUCUUCGCGGGAUUGGGGAGCAAUGCUGUUCUUCGUAACCUUCGGAAGGACCAACGGAUCGGGGCCACGGUCGAUCGGAGUCCCAGUUCACCGAGACACGGCUCCAGAGGGGAUCGAAGGCGGUUAGACUGUAAGCUAUCGGGCGGUCGCUCGACCGGGAUGUCGGGUUGACCGGGUAAUUGUGUCUAGCCGCGCCCGCCGCGCCGCGCGCUCGUUCGCCGGGUUUCUUUUUCUAAACACCCAGUGGCCCGGUUGCAGUGAGGGUCACUGGACAUGGACGUUCGCGCGUGUAACGAAAGAACGAACGAACAAAAACACAUGAGAGAACACGAACAAAAUGAAGAUGAGAAAUACUCAGGACCAAGUGUCUGGCUGUAGUCACCCGCUCGAGGAAAUUCUGUGUGCUAGGGAGAUUGCGAGAGAAAGAGGACGCGCGUGAUGGUUUUCUUGGGUGGAUGGGUUCGCGUGAAUGGGCGAAAGGGAGAGUGCGAGAUGGAGAAAGAGAGAGAAAGAGAGAGAGAGGAGGGAGAGAAAGAGAGAGAAUGCGUGAGAGAAUUAGCGGCAGAGAGAAAGAGAGAGAUUGCGUGAGAGAGGAUUAACUGGAGAGAGUAAGGAUAGGCCGGCGAGAAGGUGCGCGUGACACAGCUUGUAGUCCUUGUUACGUUGUGAUGCCAAUGACUGAGAGGUCAUGUUCCUGUGCCAGGUACUAUAUUCUAUAAAGUAAUUAUACCGCAGACGUAUAAGCUAAAGGUAACACGAGCAGAAAACGUGCGAGUUUGAGAGAGAAAGCGUGCGUGUACGUGUGUAUGUACGGGAAAUAGGGAGAAAGAGGAUGGACGAUGAUGAACGAGAGAGGGAAAGAGAGAGAGAAAAAGGAAGAAAGAAAGAGAGAGAGAAAGGAAGAAAGAAAGCGAGCAAGAGAGAUAGAUAGAGAGAGAAAGAGGAUCGAAGACGAUGAUGAGUCGUAGAGCGAGACUUUUUAUUGUCAUUCAUUUAUUCGACCUCACGGUGUCAAGAUACCUAUCUUCUGUAUGUAAUUUGUUAUUUUUUUAAAAGUCUAUACACAGUGCGAUUAAUUAGCGUGUAAGAUCUCUUUUUUUUUAAGUCCCCGUAACGUUUAGGUCACCCCCAACCCUCACACCCCUUUCAACGAGAAAUUUUCGAUUAUAUCCGACCUUCGCCGUUACGUACCCCUCUAUCCUCGUGCGUUCUCGCGCGGCACCCGUUUCUUUCCGUAUUCGACGAUAAUGAUCGGUAAUGAGAUUAACCGGCUAGUCGAGGUCGAGAUGAAACGGGCGAGUCUCGCGGUGAUCUUAAAUCCAACCCGUUCGACCUCGAAACCAGCUGUAACGUAAUCAACAGACAAAACACGCAAUCAUAGGAUUUAUUUGCGGGACCUAUGCGAUCCAUAAAAGCGUCCCGAUCCGUGGAUCUCCAUUGCAUAAUAUAAUAAACGGAGCUAUUUAGGUGAAUUCUCAGGAAUAAUCUGUCCAAACUCGAAAAUUCGAAGCCCUCGAAGCUCUUUCGUGAACGAUCGUUCAUCAUCCCCAUUCGAAAGUUUACGUCGACGGUUGAUCGUUUCUUUUCUUUCUCUCUCUUUCUUUUCGGUUCUUCUCUCUUUUUUUUCUGUUUCCACGCGUCGGAGAGAUCGGAAUCAUCGAUGAUCGGGAAGACGAUCGAACGGCGAUCGAAACGAGCGGCACCGCUCGCGCUUUCGAGCCAUCGAAGACAAUAACCACGGCGAAAGAUAUGAGACUGUUCUGUGCGUCGAACGCGCGAUCGAGAGCUUCCAAUUUAGAAAUUGUGUCCGGGAGGUCGCGUUCGAUCGGAUCCGUCUUCGCCGCGAUCGUUCACGAUCGAGGAAGAGUAGGGAAGCGAGAGAAACACGUUGCAUUAUUUAUCGAGCGUCGUCACGCGAGCGACGACACGCUUUUUCACGCGAGAUCACCUUUUCCUCCACCGGCAGGCUCCAUUUUCUUUUCCCCACCGCCGAUCUUUCCAUCGUCGUUUUAAUAACUCCGGUGAAUCCGGACGGAAAUUCGUUGUAAUCUUUUUUCUCCCCUUUCUCUUUCGUCUCGUUUAAAUUUUCCUUGUAUGAUAAGAUCGACAAGUUAUAUCCAGGAACGGGCAAAAGAAGUCUCGAAUAAGGGAUAAAUUUUUGAAUUUGAAUCUUUAUGUAUUAUUCCGUUCGAACGAGAAGUAAUUGUGAUUGUAAAAUUCGCUACGAUUCGUUUUUAAAUGGUUAAGUUUAUUUGACAAUUGUCCGAUUCAAGAAUCGACUCGAAUAAGCUUCUAUGUAUAUAAGAUGAUUCGAAAAUAAUUAUUUGAAUAUUUCGAAGAGAUUAUUCGAAGAAGAUUUUGUCCGUAUCUGGCCAUCGGCGAGAAACGUUUAUCGAAAGAAACAAAAAGUAAAGCGUGCGAAGCGUGUAGCGAGGAGCGAGAUAAAUCAUUAUCGGACUGCGGAUGUUUAUGCGAUAG